AUGGCGGGCAACGGGAAUGAGGACGAAUACUAUCUUCAAUUCAAUCAGGAUGCGAUGUCGCUGCUGCCCUCGAGGCACAGUACCGUCAAUACCAAUGGGAAGCCCCAUAGACAAGGAUCGUUGGUGCGGCCCGAGCGGAAUAGGCUCGAUAAUCCUGAUAAUCCGCAUUACUACUAUGUGCAGAAGGCACAGGAGCAGAAGGAUCAUUUGAAUGUUAAACCAUCGACCACUGGAGUAGGUCCCAAUAGUAUAACACGCAGCGAUACGCGGGGUAGCAGUCUAAAAUCACGAACUGGUGGUGGCGUCGUGUAUGAUGUAGCGGAUGGAUAUCAGAUGCAAGAUCUGGACAGUGAUCACGAGGGGAAGACUGGCAGUGCCAAGAUUAGAACGCGUCAAACCGGCGAGGAUCAGGAUGGAGACCAUGCUAUCGAUGACUUAGAUGAUUACGGUGGUGAGAGCCGAAAUAUGCUGCCUGUCAGAGACGAUAGCACCAAACUAACUAAAUCUCAACUCAAUGGUACUACAUCCAAGACACCAAGUUUAUGGCAAGUGUAUUGUUAUAUCAUAACAUUUUGGGCACCGGCUCCCUUGCUAUCACUGUGUGGUAUGCCAAAAAAGGAGAGGCAACUAGCUUGGAGAGAGAAAAUUGCACUGAUUUCAGUAAUCCUUUACAUAGGUGCAUUUGUUGCAUAUUGGACUUUCGGUUUUACAAAAACUGUAUGUGGUGAUAGUAUUCUGCGUUUGAGAAACAAUGAAGUUUCUACGGGUUAUCUGAUUAUUAAUGGCAGGGCCUAUGGCCUUGAUUCAUCAUCGCAUCCUGGCGCUGCAGGAAUAGAUGCUGGAGCCAACAUUUUAUAUCCUCCGAUCAAUGCUGGUGGUAUGGACGGCUCAUUUCUCUUCCAAAAUGUGAAUGGUAACUGCUUAGAGUUGAUUACUCCAAAGAGCAAUUGCACCAUACCUCAUAAUGAUAAUAAUGAACUAGCAUGGUAUUUUCCAUGUAAACUGGUAAAUCAGGAUGGUUCGUCGCAACCCAACUUUACCAGAUCAGAAUUUUAUGAUGGUUGGGCGUGCCAUACAUCAGAAUCUGCAAGGUCGGCCUACUAUAUCUUAGAAAGUACAGCUGAUGUAUAUUUCACUUGGCAAGAUAUUAAUAAUUCAACGAGAAAUCUGGUAGUUUACAAUGGGCAUGUUCUUGAUCUAGAUCUUUUGGAUUGGCUGGAGAAAGAUCAGCUCGACUAUCCUUCGGCCUUUGAUGACUUGAAAAAUUCCAAUUUACAAGGAUAUGAUUUAUCAGUCAUGUUAGCCAGCAGCUACGAAAAGAAAGUUGCAAGAUGUCUGACCGAAAUCAUAAAAGUUGGUGAAGUUGACUCCAAGACAGUGGGCUGUAUCGCAUCUGAUGUCGUUCUGUAUGUUUCUUUGAUUUUUAUCCUUUCUGUUGUGAUAGCUAAGUUUGUUAUUGCAUGUUAUUUCCGUUGGACUAUCGCUAAGGGCCAAGGUGCUUACAAGGUUGAUAACAAAACCAUGGAUAAGCAGCUAAACAGUAUCGAAGACUGGUCGGAAAACAUGGUUACGCAAGCGCCAAUUAAACAAGUUGCACCAGAGUUAAGACCAAGCGGGGCCUCGCAUAAACGCAAGUCAACAAUCGAUCUUUUGAAGCAACGUGGUUCCAAAAUGUUCCAAUUCAAUGACCUCAAUGAUAAUGAACUCUCCGGCAAUAGUUAUAAUGGCACAAUCAACGGUGUGACUACGGUAGCUACACAAAACGCGAUAAAAAACUCUGAUCACCAGAGCACCGUUAAUGCUGGUAAAAUGUUUCAAUCUCAUGAUAACUCUACUCUUUACCCAACAAAUUCCUCAAUGUGGAAUGGAAGCAAAAACUUGACUCUACCUCCCGAGACAAUGUUCGACACAUUAGACCCAAUGAUAAUUAGUCCAGAUGUUGUUCAACAGCCUCCUUUAAGCUAUUUACCAUAUGGAUUCCCCUUAAUACAUACCAUUUGUUUUGUCACAUGUUACUCUGAAGAUGAGGAUGGCCUGAAGACAACUUUAGAUUCUUUAUCCACCACGGAUUACCCUAACUCUCAUAAACUUUUGAUGGUCGUAUGCGAUGGAUUGAUUAAAGGUUCCGGAAACGAUAAAACAACUCCAGAGAUUGUACUUGGUAUGAUGGAAGACUUCCUCGUUCCCCCUGAAGCUGUUCAGCCUUACUCUUAUGUUGCUGUUGCCUCCGGAUCUAAGCGUCAUAACAUGGCCAAAAUAUAUGCAGGUUACUACAAAUAUGACGAUUCAACUGUCCCACCGGAAAAACAACAACGUGUUCCCAUGAUUACUAUUGUUAAAUGUGGUACUCCUGAUGAACAGGGAUCAGCCAAACCUGGUAAUAGAGGUAAACGUGAUUCUCAAAUUAUCUUGAUGUCAUUCCUACAGAAAAUAACAUUUGAUGAAAGAAUGACAGAAUUGGAGUUUCAACUUUUGAAAAACAUAUGGCAAAUUACAGGGCUGAUGGCAGAUUAUUAUGAGACGGUCUUAAUGGUAGAUGCAGAUACGAAAGUUUAUCCUGAUGCACUUACGCACAUGAUUGCUGAGAUGGUAAAAGAUCCGCUAAUCAUGGGGCUCUGCGGUGAAACCAAGAUUGCCAAUAAGAUGCAGUCAUGGGUCACUGCUAUUCAAGUUUUCGAGUAUUAUAUUUCGCACCAUCAAGCUAAAGCAUUUGAGUCCGUCUUUGGAUCAGUAACAUGUCUACCGGGUUGCUUCUCAAUAUAUCGUAUAAAGGCUCCUAAAGGAUCAGAAGGUUUUUGGGUCCCGAUUUUGGCUAAUCCUGAUAUUGUAGAGCGCUAUUCUGAUAAUGUCACAAAUACACUGCAUAAGAAGAACUUAUUGCUUCUUGGGGAAGAUAGAUAUCUUUCUUCCUUGAUGUUGAGAACAUUUCCGAAAAGAAAACAAGUUUUUGUCCCAAAGGCAGCGUGUAAAACAGUUGUCCCUGAUGAAUUCAAAGUUCUGCUUUCUCAGCGUCGUCGUUGGAUUAACUCUACCGUCCAUAAUUUAUUUGAAUUAGUUCUUAUCAGAGAUCUAUGUGGUACUUUCUGUUUUUCAAUGCAAUUUGUCAUUGGUAUAGAACUGAUUGGUACAUUAGUUUUGCCUUUGGCGAUUUGUUUUACCAUUUACGUUAUUAUUUUUGCAAUUGUAUCUCGGCCGACUCCUAUCAUCACUUUGGUUCUGCUUGCAGUAAUUCUGGGUUUGCCCGGGAUGAUUGUUGUUGUCACAGCUACCAGGUGGUCUUAUUUGAUGUGGAUGCUGAUCUACAUUUGUGCGUUACCAAUAUGGAACGGUGUCUUGCCGACUUAUGCGUACUGGAAAUUUGACGAUUUCUCAUGGGGUGAUACUAGGACUAUUGCGGGGGGCAAUAAAGGUGCGCAUGAUGAGGUUGAGGGUGAGUUCGAUCAUUCCAAAAUCAAAAUGAGAACGUGGCGCGAAUUCGAAAGAGAGAAUAGACUAAACAACGCAAGAAGCCAGGAUGAAAGUCAAGCAGGGUUAUUGUACCCAUAG